CCCCGUCCCUUUGUGGUUCUGAAGUCUGACUUUAACCCCCAAAUCCGUCGCAUUCCCUUCCUCAGGUAAAACCCUAACUCUGCAAAUUAUCUCGAACUCUCCUCUCUCCGAUCCGUACGGAAGGAGACCGUUUGAAAAUCUUCUGCGUCGCGGCCCACUGGGUUUUGAGGAGGAGGCCCAAUUCAGUUCGAUUUGAUCGGAAUUGUUGUUCGAAGCCGUUUCUUUUCGAGUGAUUACAUUAACGAUGAAGAACGUUGAGCGUAUUGCCAAUAUCGCCUUAGCAGGUUUAACGUUAGCACCACUUGUUGUAAAGGUAGAUCCAAACCUAAAUGUAGUUUUGACUGCAUGUCUCACAGUUUUCGUGGGUUGCUACCGGUCCGUGAAGCCAACUCCACCUUCAGAGACGAUGUCCAAUGAACAUGCCAUGCGUUUCCCAUUUGUUGGGAGUGCAAUGCUGUUAUCACUAUUUUUACUUUUUAAGUUCUUAUCCAAAGACUUGGUUAAUGCUGUCUUGACGUGCUAUUUCUUUGUUCUUGGGAUCAUUGCUCUCUCAGCAACACUGUUACCUGCUAUUGCACGCUAUUUGCCAGAGAGUUGGAACAAGGAUCCCAUCGUCUGGCAUUUUCCAUAUUUCCGGUCUGUGGAGAUUGAGUUCACAAAAUCUCAGAUUGUUGCUGCAAUUCCUGGAACCUUUUUCUGUGCAUGGUAUGCUUCAAAGAAGCAUUGGCUGGCUAACAAUAUAUUGGGGCUUGCCUUCUGUAUUCAGGGAAUUGAAAUGCUUUCUCUUGGGUCUUUUAAAACUGGUGCCAUCCUUUUGGCUGGACUUUUUGUGUAUGAUAUUUUCUGGGUUUUCUUCACUCCAGUUAUGGUCAGUGUUGCAAAAUCUUUUGAUGCGCCUAUAAAGCUGUUGUUCCCCACAGCAGAUGCUGCACGUCCAUUUUCUAUGCUUGGACUUGGUGAUAUUGUAAUCCCUGGCAUUUUCGUGGCGUUGGCUUUGCGGUUUGAUGUAUCUAGGGGAAAAAGGGGCCAGUACUUUAAGAGUGCAUUUUUGGGAUACACGGUUGGUUUGGUCCUCACAAUUGUUGUAAUGAACUGGUUUCAGGCAGCACAGCCAGCACUGUUGUAUAUUGUACCAUCUGUUAUCGGAUUUUUGGCUGGUCACUGCAUUUGGAAUGGUGAUGUCAAACCGCUUUUGGCAUUUGAUGAGUCGAAGACCGCGGCGACAUCUGAAGAAGAAAGUGAUGCCAAAAUUACCAAGAAGGUGGAGUAAGUUGAAAUACAGAGAAGACACGGACACCAAAACUUUCCCAACUCGAAAAAAAAGAAACACCGUUUUUCUCUCCGAGGCACCGGAAUGCCUUUAAAGCCUCUUAUCUUAGCUAAUUAUGCAACUGCGCACAGCUGUAAGCCUGUAACAGCUUUUUUGGAUUGAGGACGAAAUAAUAUUUCAGUUACAACAAUGUUAGGUUAAUACAGAAACUUUUGCCAAA